UACAGGCUGUGACGUAAUCGUCUAGUGAUGGCGGAGUGUGGUGCGAAGGGAAAUUAUAUCACAGACAUCGUUCGUACAAAUACGAUCUGUGCUUAAUUUUCUGUUUUAGUUGUAAUUCAUUUGAAGCGGGUCGUGAUGGCCCACCGAUAUCUCUUCUUAUCAAGAGGUUGCAGGAACCUUUCCAAGAUAAAUUUACCUCCAAACGUCAGAUCAACAAACUAUGUAACGUUACGACAGGUCUCAAGCCAAGCUGAAACUCAAACUCCCUCUGGUCUUGAAAGAGGAUCCUUGCUCUGGAGUGUUUUAGGUGCCUAUAGAAGACUAUGCUCUAAACCUCCCAAAGGGUUUGAGAAAUAUUUCCCUAACAAGACGAGCCCAAAACACAGUGAACCGAAACCAGCUGAGGCUAAAGAGGCCAAGCCAAGUAAUGCCAACAGAGCUGGUAGGUCCAGUGGUGGUGGCGGUGGUGGUGGUGGUGGUUCGGGAGGAGGAGGAAAAAGAGGAGGAAGAAAAGAUGAGAGUUCCUGGUUUAGCCGUCUCCAGAAGGGUGAAGUGCCAUGGGAUGACAAAGAGUUCCGUGCUUUUUUCCUGAGCGGAGCUGCUUUUUGGACAGUUAUCACUUAUUACUUCUUUUUCCGAGAUGGUGGGAGGGAAGUUACCUGGAAAGACUUUGUGAACCUGUAUCUCUCCAAAGGCGUUGUUGACAGAUUAGAGGUUGUCAACAAACGGUAUGUCAAAGUGGUAUUUGCCCCAGGAAAGACCCCAGUUGAUGGACAAUAUGUCUGGUUCAACAUUGGGAGUGUGGACACAUUUGAGCGUAACCUGGAGACAGCCCAGAUAGAGAUGGGCAUUGAAGGGGAGAACAGGCUCCCAGUUGUCUACUCCACUGAGAGUGAUGGGUCCUUCCUCCUCAGCAUGCUGCCCACUGUGCUGAUCAUCGGCUUCCUGCUCUUCAUGCUCCGCCGUGGUCCUGCAGGAGCUGGCAGACCGGGCAGGGGCAUGGGCGGCCUGUUCAGCGUGGGCGAGACCACCGCCAAGGUGCUCCGUGACGAGAUCGACAUCAAGUUCAAGGAUGUGGCGGGCUGCGAGGAGGCCAAGCUGGAGAUCAUGGAGUUUGUCAACUUCCUCAAGAACCCCAAACAGUACCAGGACCUUGGAGCAAAGAUCCCCAAGGGUGCUAUUUUGACUGGUCCUCCUGGAACCGGGAAAACGCUGUUGGCUAAGGCCACUGCAGGAGAAGCCAACGUGCCCUUCAUCACUGUCAAUGGGUCAGAGUUCCUGGAGAUGUUUGUGGGCGUGGGUCCAGCCAGGGUGCGGGACCUGUUUGUACUGGCACGUAAGAAUGCCCCCUGCAUCCUGUUCAUAGACGAGAUCGACGCAGUGGGGAGGAAGCGAGGCCGUGGUAACUUUGGAGGGCAGAGUGAGCAGGAGAACACUCUCAAUCAGUUACUGGUGGAAAUGGAUGGCUUUAACACAGCGACUAAUGUAGUUGUCCUGGCUGGAACUAACAGACCAGACAUCUUGGACCCGGCACUAAUGAGGCCUGGUCGCUUUGACCGACAGAUUUACAUAGGUCCUCCAGAUAUCAAAGGCAGAGCCUCCAUAUUCAGAGUGCAUCUCAGGCCCCUUAAGCUGGAUGCAGAGGUGGAUAAAGAUGCUCUGGCCAGGAAAAUGGCUGCUCUCACUCCUGGUUUCUCAGGUGCGGACAUUGCCAACGUCUGCAAUGAGGCAGCGCUGAUUGCUGCCCGUCACCUCUCCGAUGCCAUCAACCCGAAGCACUUUGAACAGGCCAUCGAACGUGUGAUUGGAGGUCUGGAGAAGAAGACCCAGGUGCUGCAGCCUGAGGAGAAGAAGACGGUGGCAUACCACGAGGCUGGCCACGCUGUGGCCGGCUGGUACCUGGAGCACGCUGACCCCCUCAUCAAGGUGUCCAUAAUCCCGCGUGGGAAGGGCUUGGGGUACGCCCAGUACCUGCCCAAGGAGCAGUAUCUGUACACUAAGGAGCAGCUGCUGGACAGGAUGUGCAUGACGCUGGGGGGACGCGUGUCCGAGGAGAUCUUCUUUAGCCGCAUCACCACCGGUGCACAGGAUGACCUCAAGAAGGUCACGCAGAGUGCCUACGCUCAGAUUGUGCAGUUUGGCAUGAAUGAAAAGGUGGGCCAGGUGUCGUUUGACCUGCCCCGACAGGGCGAGAUGGUGCUGGAGAAGCCCUACAGCGAGGCCACCGCCCGUCUGAUCGACACAGAGGUGCGCAUCCUCAUCACCGAGGCGUACGAGCGCACCACCAAGCUCCUCAAAGAGAAGAAGGCGGAAGUGGAGAAGGUGGCACUGCGUCUCCUAGAGAAGGAAGUCCUGGACAAAAGCGACAUGGUGGAGCUGCUGGGGCCACGGCCGUUUGCCGAGAAGUCCACCUAUGAGGAGUUUGUGGAGGGCACAGGCAGCAUGGAGGAGGACACCUCUCUGCCCGAGGGCCUCAAGGACUGGAACAAGGAGCGCAGCAAGGACAAGGAGGAGAGCACCGAGGAGCAGGUGGCGCGGCAGAUUACCGGUGGCAUGCCCUUCUAGAAGCCUCACCUCCUCAGGUGGGACUGCAACCAGUGGGGAAGGUCUGGACAGGUGGACUUGUGGCUGGACAGAGUGGCCUGGUGUGCUGUCUAAGGGGGAAGCGGUGGGGGGGGGGGGGGGUCCAGGACGUUGGGCUGGUCAGCCUGCUUGGGUAGAUUACCCUCAGGAACGUCCAGUGGCUUGUGAAGUUGAUUUUGUUGGGUAGGCAGAGAGGACGGCAUAGUUGUGGAUGAGAGCCUCUCUAGAUCUAUAUUUGCUCUUCAGUAAUCAUCUUAGGGACAUUCUUAUCAGAGAGGGGAGACCCUGGGGAGCCUGAUGUUUCAGUCCUGUAUAGGUCUGGCACGGCCUCUAUUGACGGAUGCAGAAAGAAGCAAUAGACAGCGGAGGUAUGUUCAUAUUUUAUAGCUCAAACAAAUCCAUUGUAGAAUUAUCACUACUGUGUUGUUUCACCCUCAGAACAGUUGAGCGCUCUGAGCUUCAUUGUUUGAAUACUCUUCACACUGCAUAUAUACGUACCUUUGUUGGACUGAAACGAAAUUUGACUUGUAUUAACAAGAGCAGCACUUUUCAACAUUUCAACUAAUAUUUGACAGUGAAUGUACCAAAGGAGUCAGUAUAUCAAAAAUCCAAUUAAUUGAAUAGAGUAAAAAAGAAAAUGGUUUAUUGUAUACUAGAGAUAAAUAUUGCUUCUGUGAAGUGGUUGCAAAAUCGUAUUAUUGUGCGAGGAGGAAGUUGGUGAGAGGAAUAGUAAUGGCUUGCAGCCUCUACAUCGCAGUGUCGCCGCGGUUACAGCACUCAUGGAACCUUUUGAGUAAUGCUUUGCAUGCAUGUGCUUCCACACUCACACAUCCACAGACUGUCAGCUGGCUUCACCUGCUAGGGAAAAUAAGCACCUCACGCUCCAUCAGUGCAGCCUGUCCAAGUGAAAGGAUGUGAGAUUAAUAGUGAAUUAAGUUUGUCACUGUGAUGGACGAUGUCACUCCUUAAUCUGAGUUCUCCUUUUCAGUACAAUUGAUAUGCAUGAUCAGAGGUGUCAGCCAUCAGACUAUCAGUACCAGAAAUGUCCCUUUUUAUGGUUUGAUCAUGGUCGUUUUUGAUCAUCAAUUAACAUGUAUUUAACAAUUAGUCGAAGUAGAAAAUUAAUUGAAAUAGUCUUCCUCCCAAGCCAAGUUAGAUGUUUUAUGUUUGACAGGGCUAGUUUAUACAAAUCAACAACUGCUAGAGUGGAUCAUCACCAGACUACGCUGCAAGGUCUGCCAUGUUAACAACAGAUUCUCGUAACAACUUGAAAGAUUUGAGGUGGAUUACUUUACUGUGUUUUAAUCUUAUUUUAAAAUAUUUUGCCUGCAGUUGGUAAGGAGUUGGCAGGGGAUGUAUUGCAUUAUGCAUGCAGUUAAGAUACUCCUUCAUGGGUAGUGAACGCUUCAGGUGGAAAAUAUGAGAUGUCAUGAAUG